GCGGCGACAGCACCACCAACUCCCAGCCAUUGACCUCCACACAGUCCACCAUGGCCAGCAAGAUCGCACCUCUAGUAUUCAGGACGGCCGUCCGCUCCGCACGGAGCUCGGCAAGGCCACAGACCCGCGCAUUCUCUGUCACAACGUCAAGACCGAGCGACACGCUCAUGGUCCACCGCAACACACCGGACAACAACCCCAGCAUCCCCUUCAAAUUCACCGCCAAGAAUGAAGCCGUCAUCGCCGAGAUCCUCAAGCGGUACCCACCACAGUACAAGAAGGCCGCCGUCAUGCCGCUGCUGGACCUCGGCCAGCGCCAGCACGGCUUCACCAGCAUCAGCGUCAUGAACGAGGUCGCCCGUAUCCUCGAGAUGCCCCCCAUGCGAGUGUACGAGGUCGCCUCCUUCUAUACCAUGUACAACAGGACCCCGGUCGGCAAGUUCUUCGUCCAGGCCUGCACUACGACACCCUGCCAGCUCGGCGGCUGCGGCUCCGACUCGAUCGUCAAGACGAUCGAGGAGUCGCUCGGUAUCAAGGCCGGCCAGACGACCGAGGACGGGCUCUUCACCUUCAUCGAGGUCGAGUGCCUGGGAGCGUGCGUCAACGCGCCCAUGGUCCAGAUCAACGACGACUACUACGAGGACCUGACGCCCGAGACCACGCGGUCCCUGCUGACCGCCCUGAAGGAGAGCGCGGGGGACGUCAGCAAGAUCCCCAAGCCGGGCCCCAUGAGCGGCCGCCAGACGUGCGAGAACAGCGCCGGCCUGACCACGCUGACGAGCGAGCCUUACGGUACUGAGGUCACGAGGUCGGAUCUGUGAUUUGGUAGGGUUGGUUUUGGGGUGCUGGGUGCUAGGUGCAGGUCUCCCUUUGACGGCACUUGAUCGUCUCAUUAUUGAGGCUGCCGGGAUCAAGAGUAGAAUGGUAGACAGACUGGACCCAGGCGAUUUACGAGCGGGGACAGCGGAAAAGCCAUCAAAGAGAGCAGAGAGCCAUGCUGGUUGUACAUAUGAAUUUGUAUUACGCGUCAUAUCAAAGACCUUUGUGAGACAAUUAUGGCCCGGGCAAGCAGUGCUAUCUUUCCUCAUGGAUGGGAGCAUAGAAGGAAGGGCGCAAGACGAUUCGAAACACCAGAUAACAGCGCCCCACUGCCGCAGCAGCCGCCGAGCCUGAGAACAGGACCUGGCUCGCAAUCUUGAUGGGCGAAGCCUCGUCUCCGGCAACAAAAAC